AUGGAGGGCGACAUGGAGGGGGUGCCGGAGCUGCGGGCCGACAUGAGGACCUGGAUGAGCCUCUGGCGGGGUUCCAUUGGUUUCAACCUGGUGGACAGGUUGUACGAUGUGCUGGCAGGGGGGCGGCGCGCAGCGCUUGCGCUCCUGCAGGACCCCCUGUUUGGGUGGCAGAUCAAGCUGGCUUACCCUCACCUGGACGACACGUGCCGCGGCUUCUUCGAGGACGCGCUCUUCCGCAGCGCGCAGGCGGGCGCGUGCGAGGACCUCCUCCUCUGCAGCCCCGCCGCCAAGGAGUUCGUGCCCGUCGUCCUCCAGGAGCACGACGAGGCGUUCUGCGCGAACCUGUGGUCGCUCGCGGGCGGGUUGCUCAACAAGACGUACGAAGAGUUGGACAAGCUGGUGGCAAAGGAGUCGUCCGAACGAGCGAAGGGGGGGGCGGGGAGGAAAGCCCCGAGCGCGGUGUGCAGCAAGACGGGGACGCUGCUCCCGCAGCGGCCGGGGAAGCUGCCGUGCUUUGUGUACCAGGACCAGGGGUACUGCCUCAAGGGGAAGGCGUGCCUGUUCAAUCAUCCCCCCCAUGUCGUGUACACAGAGGAAGUGAGCGACGAUGACGACGUGCCCCGUCGAUCCCAGUACACGCCACCCCCAGAAGACCUCGAGAAAUUGAAGGAGAUCUUCAACUCGUGGAAGGCGAACGACGACGCGGAGCAGUCCCUGAAGAAGAAGGCUCUCCGCGCCGGCCAGACGGACGCAGACAUCGAGGCUGCGCUCUUGCAUCCGGACAAUGCUCAGAUCCGCCUUCUCCUGGAGUCGCUGGAGCAUCUCAAGAAGGACACCUGCAAAGAUUUGUUAGAAGUUCUCCAGCACGCCUGGGUGGUUGCCACGUGGAAAGCGGCCCGCCCGGCCAAAGACGCACUGGCGCGCAGCAUGGCACAUGCACGCCAAGCUGCGGCGGCCGCACGAGGACAGCGCGAGGAGGAGGAGAGGAGGCGGGCCGCUGCGGCGGCAGAGGCGCAGCGAAAGAAAGAAGAUGCGGAGCGGGUCGAUGCCCACCUGGCGGAGGCCGCGCGCAAACGGCGGGAAGAGGAGGCGCGCCUCCGUUUCCAGCGCCAGAUGAGCGUGCUGCUCCCGGGGACCAAGGCCCCCCCGCCGCUUCGGCCGCCCGUGUCGUUCGACGGGAAAGACGUCAGGGUACAAGUCAAGAAAUUGGACGGGCGCUGGGCUGUGUUCGUCUGGCUGACGUGCCCCAGCGCCAGCGAGGACAUCUUCGCUCUGGCGGUGUCCGUCGCUAAACGAGACGCGGGGCGGAAAGCCUACGCGCGCACUUUUGCAAUAUUCAACCACCUGCGCGCGUGCGACCCGUUCCUCCUGUCGACACCCUGCGAGGCGGAGAACAAAGUGCGCAAAAUGGCGGGAGAGGCGCUCUGCUUCGCUUGGAAGGAGUGCCUGUCGAAACGAAACGGGGGGGCGCCAUCCCAGCGGGGCGCGCCCCCCCUCGCGAGGGGACACUCUGCACCCGGCAGGCAGCAAACUAGAACGGGGGAAAAGGCGGGGGGUUUGGCAAACGGGGGGGAGGACGGGGUGUCGCGAAAGAGGAAGGGACGGGCCGACGAGGAGGGGGGUAGUAAAGCAUCCCGGCCAACUUCUGCAGGGAGGGGUAAAAACGGCGAGUCGGCAUGCGGGGGCGGGACGGAUGACGACAGCAGGCCCUGGCAGGUAGUGCUCGCGCAGAACAUCUUGCGCACGCUGCAGAAGCAGGCGGGCGUGCUGGAGUACAGCUUGAAGAAGCUGGAGGUGCUGCAGUCGGGCUACUGGAGCCAGAGCACCGCCAAGGAGCUCGUCUUCAAGGCCGGCAAGCGCGCCUUCGAGGUGCCCGUCUACGAGUCCAAAGUCCUGACCACGUGCCUGGCAGCCCGGCUGGCGCUUACGCCCCGUGAUGCGCCGUUGCAGAAUAAUUUGCGCAUCAUCUGGCAAGUCGACGUGGCGUACCUGCACGAGCUGCUCGCAGACUCCCAGAUCAUCAAGGUGUGGGCGGUGGUAGACCACGACGGCAUCGACCCUGAGCUGCAGAAGAUCCACGUGUACCACAAGCAGUACAGCGAGGAGCGCGUGCGCCGCUGCCGGCAGCGCCAGACGGACGGCGACCUCGUGCUGCCCGUCGUGUUCGCGGCCGCGGAGGAGGAGGCGGCGCCCGGGAAGGCCGCGCGCCGCCUGCCGCUCGACGACGCGGCCGCGACCGCGGAGGACCUGCUGGUGGCCAUGAAGUUCCUGCCGCUCUCGCGGGAGCUGGUGGCGUCCCUGCGCGAGCACUGGCCCGACACGGAGUUCCCGUUCCAGCUGUCGCGCGAGGAGCACGCGAUCAUCGACUACAGCCGUUCCGGCGUUCUGCUCCUCGGCCGCUCCGGCACCGGCAAGACCACGUGCAUCGUGUUCCGCCUCUACUCGCUCUUUCGCCAAUACCACGCGGCCGCGGCCGCCGCGCCGCUCUACGCGGGGCCCCGUCCCGAGCUGCCUACCGCGCUCCCGGCAGGGGAAAUCGUCGACGGGGAGGAAUACGGGGCCCGGGUCAAGCGAGCGCGGAGUGCGCUGCACCAGGUGUUCGUGACCGCCAGCCCCGCGCUGUGUGACAAGGUGCGCAAGUACUUUUUGCGGCUCAAGGCGACGGCCGAGAAGAGCGGGGGCGCUGACGUCAGCAAGGAGCGGCGCGACGUCAGCGAGGAGGCGGGGGAGGACGGUGACGUCGGGGGUGACGUGGCGGCGCACGACGAAGACGAUAAUGAUGACGACGGGAUGUUCCGGGGGGUGCCGAACGAUUUUCACAGCUUGAAGGAGGAGCACUUCCCGCUUUUCCUGACGUACACGAAGUUACUGCACACGCUCGAGGCGACGGUUGCGGAGCCGGCGGCGGGGGGGGGGGAUGACCCGGGGGUCGAGGGGGGAGGCGACGACGACGACUGGCAGAGCAGCUGGCACGCGGAGGGGACACGUGGCGCGCUGUCGUUGGGCGACGAGAGCGGCGAGAUCGUGGAGAAGGAGGGCCGGCGGUGGACCGGGAAAGAGGAGGACCUGCAAGAGGGGGACAGCGACUCCGAGAUUGACUCGGACGGCGGGGACUCGCCGCGAGGGGACCGCGGCGGGCUGCUUUCGCCGGGGGGCUUCGGCGGCAAAGAAGUGACGUACGAAGUGUUCGAGCUGGCGUACUGGCCGCACUUGGACGAGAAAAAGACGAAGCGCCAGGACGCGUCUUUAGUGUGGGCGGAAAUCAUGGCCGUCAUUAAGGGGAGCGAGAUUGCGGUCCAGUCGGAGGCGGGGCGGCUCUCCGCGGCGGAGUACCAGGCGCUGAGCGAGCGCAGCUUCACCACGUUCCGGCACGACCGGCCGCUGCUCUACUCGCUGUACGAGCAGUACGAGGAGAUGAAGAAGCGGCGGCGCGAGCACGACAUGAUGGACCGCGUGCACCGGGUGUACGCCUGCUUGCAGGAGAAGGGCUACACGGGCCAGCCGAUCCACGAGGUGUACUCGGAUGAGGUGCAGGACCUGACGGUGGCGCAGGUCAAGCUGCUGCUCAGCGUGUGCCACGUGCCCAAGGGCUUCUUCUUGGCGGGCGACACCGCCCAGACGAUCGCGCGCGGCAGCGCGUUCAAGUUCGAGGAGGUCAGCGCCAUGUUCUACCGCCACCAGCAGGAGGCCCACCUGCGCCAGCUGGGCGCAUUCUUACCGGCGGGCGCGGGCCCGUCGCGCCUGCCGGACCUGCCCGAUGAGAAUAAGCCCUGCCUCAAGCAAGCACCUGACCGAGAACUACCGGUCGCACGGGGGGAUCCUCCGGCUGGCCGACAUCAGCACGGGUUUAGCGUGUCGUUGUUCAGUCAAGGGAGUAAGGAUGAGAGCAUCGAGUUUGGGGCGAACCAGGCGAUUCUGGUGCGCGAUCAAGCGGCGAAGGAGCGGCUGAAAGCGCGGCUGAAGAUGGGCGUCGUGCUGACGAUCUACGAGGCGAAGGGGAUGGAGUUCAACGCGGUGCUGCUGUACAACUUCUUCCACGACUCGCCCGCGGAGCUCAAGUGGCGGGUCUUGCUGGAAAUGCUCGGGGAGAAGUGCGAAGAGGCUCCCCCCAAGUUCGACCCGGUGAAGCACAACAUUUUGAGCAGCGAGCUGAAGCACCUGUACACGGCGGUCACGCGCGCGCGCAAGACGCUCGUCAUCUUCGACGCCAGCGAGAAGAACCGCUACGGCGUGCAAAAGUACUGGGAGGCCAAGCAGCUCGUGCGGCUGAUGAGCGCGGAGGUGUUCCAGGCGAGCGGGCACCUGCAGUCGCAGCUGGGCGGCGGCAGCUCGUCCGAGGAGUGGAACGAGUACGGGCGCGAGUUCUACGAGGCCAAGAAGUGGGAGCCCGCCAUGGAGUGCUUCAAGAACGCGGGCAACGGCGAGAUGGUGCGCAAGGCGGACGCCUUCCUGGCGGAGGAGCACGCGUGGCGGCUGGAGGUCAAGGACAAGAAGCGCGAGGCGCGGGACGCGUACAGGGCCGCCGCAGAGAAGUUCGAGGCGCUGUCCGGCUUCCCCAAGAAGGCGGCUGGGUGUUACCAGAAGGCGGGCGACCUCGUCAAGGCGGCCAAGGUGCUGGAGGCCGCCAGAAUCUACGGGGACGCCGCAGCGCUCUGGCUCAAGGCGGACGUCUGGGCGGCCGCGGUGCGGUGCUACGAGGCGCUGGGGCGGUUCGACGACGCGGUGAAGACGACGUACAAGCACGGCAAGGAGCUCAUGACGGCGCUGCGCAUGCUGCUGGACCCGGGGUACCGCGAAAAGGUGGACCGCCGCCUGGUGCAGAAAGUGGCGGAAAUGGCUGCGUACGCGCUGAUCAAGGAGACCAAGGGGGGGGGCGGCAAGCUGCGGAAGGACCAGAUGGACCUGGUCGACCGCGCGCUCGCGCUGUUUGCGGAUCAGGAGGCGCGCAUCCACUUUCUAUCGGAGCACCGGUGCAUCGAGCAGCUGCUGGCGCUAUACCGCGCCGAGGGCCAACUAGAGGCGGCCUCCGAGCUGCUGCGCUCCGAGGGGCGCUACGCCGAGGCGAGCCGCGUCUACCUGGAACUCGCCGAGAAAGACGGCGCGCCCCGGGGGACCGCGAUCCUGGAUGCGCCGCUCAAAGUGCCGGAAAACUGGCCGGAAGAGCGGACGGCGGCCGGGAAGGGGGAGGGGAAAGCCGCUGGGGGUCUGCGGCGAGGCUUUUUGGACAGUAAGAAGGCCCCCCCGAAAGAGGGGAGCCAGACAACGGUGAAAGAAGCUCCGGCGCCCUCUGGCGGAAUGAUUCCACAGAGGCAAGGGAAGGCUCCUAUUCCGGACUCCUGGGAGGAUACGGCGGAAAGUAUACCGAUGUCGCAGAACGGUCCGCAAGCGGGGGGGCCAAAGAGAAAGGCGGGGGGGAAGCGGGAUUCGCAGCCAGCCAAGAAGAGGCAGUUGAAGUCCCUCGCGGAUGGGCUGAACGACCGGAAGUGGGGGUCCGUAUCGGCCGAAGAGGAUGUGGGCAUGAAGGGGGGGCACAGGCCCCGCGCCGUGCACCCCCGGGAGAUAGAAAUGGGGGAGGGGAGCGCUAGGCUUCAGGGGGGCACUUUGGAAGACGAAGCAGGGGCGUAUGAGGGAGGUGGAAACGACGGAGAAGUGGAGGGGGAUCGUCCGAAAGAGACGCCGGCCGCACGGGCGAGGCGGGAACGGGCAGAAAGGCGACGGCGGCAGAAAGAGGAGGCGGAAAGCAUAAAGUUGGGCUCCCAGGAGGAAAGCGGAAUCGCGCCAGAUGCGACAAAAGCAGCCCAAAAUGCAACGACAGCGGCCAAGCCGCAACCCAACAGAGAGGAGCUUGAGAACGUCCGGGCACUGUGCGAAAGGGCAGUGCGGUCCGUGACGAGCAACCCCCAGAAAGCGUUCCGCGAGAUGCGGGAGGCGUGCCGCAAGCACGCUGACGUGGCGCUGACGUGGCGGUACCAGGGGUACGUGGAGAAGGUGCUGGCGAACACGUUUCCCAAGGGGAGCAGGCUGUGGGUGCAGCAUAGAGAUGCGGCAGUCGAAGCGGCGAAGCGGGCGGCGGAGCUGGCGCCGGACUCGAUUGACAACGCGCUCUUCUAUGCAUCCACGCUCGAACAAAAUGCGUCGUUCGGAACAGAAGAGAAGAAUGCGAGAAUCGUUGCGGAGUGCGAGCGCGCCCUGGCACUUGCGGCGCCGAGGGAUCCCUCUCUGGACCGGCCCGGGGAGUUCCCAAUAGAGUUUGCUUCACCGGAGGAAAGAGUGGGCGAAUGCCAGCGAAACCUGAGGGAGCUGUUGCAUCGGAUGUGGGAGGCCUUGCCGCCAGCGGCUGCUUUUGUGGGUCUCGGAUCGUCCCCCCAACUCCCUGUGAAUAACGGCGCGGCCAGCGGGAUUAUGCACCGGGAGCUCCUGGAGGGGAGCGCAGAGGAGGACCGGGCGCUCUGGGAAGAGAUCACGCGGGGAGUCGAGGCGGCGGUGCAGGGUACCGAGCCGGAUUGGGAAGGCGACUGUGGUUCGGAUGACGACGGCAUGCCGCCGUUGCUGCCGGGUCACGGGAGCUCGGAUGAGGAGGGUGAAGGAACUCGGCAGGUUGGGCGUUCCAAAAAGGGGGAGAAGAAAAAGGUGGAAGAAGCAUCCCCUGUCCCAAACGGAUCAGAAUCUGCGGCAAGAGAGGCGGGAGCCGCGGAAAGUGAGUCGGACGAUGAGGGCAUGCCGGUGCUGCUGCCGGGUCACGGAAGCUCUGGUGAGGACGAAGAGAUUUCCCCCCGGGGGGGUGGCACGGCCGGAGGAGCUAAGCAGAAGGGGAAGACGACGGACCCCCUAGCAAAUGGCCGAACGAUCCUGAAAGAGAUCCUGCAUCCGGUCGGGGAAAGCGAAGACGGAGAGGAUGAGGAGCUGCCGGCGCUCGUUGACGACGAUAGCGAGUCUGAGGACGAGGGGAGGUAUGCCCAGAUUGACAAAACGUCGGAACGACACAGUGUAAAGCAAGACGAAAUGCCCCCUCUAGUUCCUGCCGAUUCUGAGGACAGCAGCGACGACGCCGAACCUGGGGGUACUGUCCACGCAGCAGGGGGAGGGGCGGGCAACCGGAAAGAAGGGGACGAAGCUGCACUUCAGAAGAAGAAGUUGGCAGGAUUUGCAGCAGAUGACGUCAGCAAGAUGGCGCCCAAUCCGGGGGCAAAGGUUGCCCCACUUGGGUCAAAUUCAGCGGACGAAGCGGAACAGAACCCCGGCCGGCCAGAGAAGAAGGCAGAAAGCAGCUUGGGGGUAGAGGCCGAGAGUGUGACGACAUCGGGGGAGGAAGGGUUUGUUAAGUGGCCGGCUCUGAGGGCGGUCCCCGGAAAGGAGUGGGUAUCCUGGCCCGCGAAACGCAGGUUGGCAAACAAGGGCGGGGAGACUUUAGGCGGGUGGUGGGAGGAAGGGGAAGCGCCCCCGAAAGUGACUUCCGUGGAAGCCCCCUUGCCUGCAUCUUCAGUGGAAACCCCCACGGCUUCGAAGCUCCCAACCCCAGUGCCCCCAACCGAAGGAAGCGCCCCGAAACCAGGGGACAAGGUCCCUGCUCCAGAGCCUGCAAAGCCACCCCCCCCGAAGAAAGCACGCAAACCGACGGCGGCGGAAGCGAGGGCGUCGCGCGCGGUGCUGGCCGGCGUCCGCUGUUUGGAGCUGGAAGCGCGCCUGGCCCUGUGUUUGCCGGAGGAGCCGCUGGCGCUCGAAACGCAGUCUAAGCCGGAACUGCAAACGUACGCGACCGCGGCCGCCCAGAAGCGCAGCAGGGCCUUUCUGGAGGACGCCGCCGCGCUGGCCCCCCCAUGGAACGGCGCGGUUUUACCCCCCCACAAGAGAAAGGUGCUGGAGCAGAAAGCAGCGUCUGCGGCGGACCUGUUUUACAAGAUCGCGCUCCUCUUCGGGUGCGUGUUUGAGCAAGACGGCGCGCUGGCUGGCGCGGGGCUGUUGAAAUCGCUCCCGUCACCUAGCGGGGGGCAGCAGCAGCAGGCGAAACUGCCCCCUUGGCCCGAGGCGCUUGAGACGCAGCUCUCGGCCGUGCUGUGGCUGCACCUGGCGCAGUGGUGUCGGGGCCGGCGGCGGGCGGCCGAUGUGAAUGCGCUCCAGGCAAUCGGGGGCCUGUUUGCGUCAUGGGGCAAGAGUCGCGGCCCCGGGUACGGACUGGCGGGGGAGCUGCGCGCGCUGCUCGCGGCGGUGUCCGUGUUCGCGGCCGGGGGGGAGGAGGCGAAGAAUGCGGGCCUGGCGUGGGAGAAGCGGCUGGACCUGCUGGACCGGGUCUUGCAGCUGCAGCGGCAGCUCAUCGGGGGGUUGCGGGGCGGGCGGCCCGGGGCCGCGGUGACGGCACUGCAGGCCCGCCUGCGCGCCGAGUGCGAGUCCUUCUUCGGCGUGGCCCCCCACGAGGACCCCGCGCACCGCCUGCUCCGCCUGGACCCCUGCAACGCCGCCGUCCUCCGCUUCUUACGUCAGCAGCAGGCGCACACGUUCGGCACCAAGGUCGAGUCCUCCUCGCUCGCGCUACCGGACGAGGCCCCCCCUGGCGCGACCGUUCCGUGGUUCCGGGUGGAAAACGCGUGGAUUCUACGCGCCAUGGAGGCUGCUUUGGUGGGGUCCGUGAUCCCCCCGCUGCGGCAAGUUGUGGAGGGGGGGAAGGGGGAGGAGGCGCUCCAGGAGCCGUGCAACAGCUUUGCGUUGUACGGGUUUUGCCAGCGGGACCGCUGCCCGUUCCGGCACGUCGGGCGGAUCACCAAGGCCGGCCAGCUCAACUACUUGCGGCUGCUCGCCCGGCAGUGCCACCUGUCCGUCCAGCUCCACUCGCUCGCGCACCGCGCCCAGCACCUCCUCUCCGCCGACUCCCUGGCCCGCAUCCGUGCCGCGCGCCGCCACUGGUUCGAGCGCCUCGCGGAGCAGCUCACGCACUCCUCGCCGCUCCUCUCGAGCCCCGCGGCCGCGACCGAGUUCGUCGAGGGAUCCCCCGCGGACGUCCUCGGCGCGAUCCGCGAGAGCUUCAAGGACCUGGCGGGGUCCGUGUGGUUGGGCCACGAGUACGACCGCGCGCCGCACAACGCGGGGCUGGUGCUGAAGGCGGUCGGCGCGCUGCACGCCGCGCGCGUCGACGCGCUUCCCCUGCUCGCGCGCCGGUUCAGCGACUACGGGCGCGGUUUCCAAGGCCCGGAGCUGCCGCCAUUCCUGGACAUCGACCCCGCGACGGGCGGGCCGAUCGCGGUGCACCUGAUCCUGUACAUGGCGCUCGCGAGCGCGCACGCGGGGCACUUCGACGGGUUCGCGCACAACAUGAUGCUGUACCUCGAUCUAGUUAUCAUCCGCAAAGGCACCAAGUCGGCGUUCGAGACCCCGCACGAGCUGACGUGGCUGCUGGAGGGCCUGGCGGGUGUCGUGGUCGGGCGGCUGCGCAACUUCCACAACACCGUGGUACCCACCAGCGUAGUCCACGGUUUCCUCAACCGGUUCCCCGCGCUGAGUCGCGCCGCAAUGCGCCGCACCGCGGGGCGCGGCGCGCUCGGGAAGGCGGAGAAGAUCUUGCGCGGCGUGGCCGAGUGCGCGCACGGGCUGGUGAAGCUGAUCAGGAUGGAGCGGUUCACGAAGCUCAAGGGGGAUCCCUCCGCGCUGGCGCUCCUCCGGCUGCGCGAGCUGAUGGUGUGGGUCGCGGUGCAGAUCGGGAUCGGGAAGGGGCAGACGUCCGACAUCCUGACCAUGGUGGAACGCCUAGACGUUCCGGGGCUCAAGCUUCCCGAGCCCGCGCUGCGCGAGUUUCUAGAGGCCCGGCAGUGGAAGGCCCUGUUUUCGAGCAUGUGCGACCUGCGCGCCCGCAGCCUGUACCCGCUGGUGCUCGUGACGAGGCCUGACGUGCUGGGCGACUCGCCGUGGUACGCGGGCCACGUGAAGCGCGAGGUGGCAUUCCAGAACGACGGCACGAUCGAGAUGCGCGAGCGGACGCUGAAUCCGCUCGCGCCCGCGUUCGUGCCGACGUCGGUGCUGCUGGCGCGGGAGAAGGCGGCCAAGCCGGAGGAGGACGCGGCUCCUGCCGACGACGGCGCGGACGAAGCGGAGGCGAUGCAGGCCGCGCGCGAGGAGGCGGAGGCGGCGCUGGCGCGCGAGGCGGCCGCGGCCGUGCAGAUCCAGGCCUGGUGGAAGACGCGCGCGCGGAAGCGCGCGGCCGAGGAGGCGGAGGGCGCGUCCCACGCGCGCGAUCCCAUGUUCGAUGCGACUUUUGAGGAGGCAAAAGAAUUCGUGGCGAAGUGGAAGGAGGGAAGAGAGGGGGAGAAGGCGCGGCAGGCGAAGAAGUACGGCAUGCUGUACCUGGGCUGCGUGGCGGAGAGCGUGUGCAAGCUGAAGCGCGCGCUGGAGAAGCUGCGCGAGCGGAAGCGCGCGGUGAAGGCGACGGAGGUAGACGUGGAGGACGUCGAGGAGUACUUCGACCGCCUGCAAGUCCUCGACGACACGGAGGACGCUGUGAAGGCCGUGCUCCGGUCGCUGUGCCCCUCCGUGGAGCACCACAACCAGCUGGACGCCACGUGGCUGCAAACCCGCAACAAAAGCGCGCUCGAGGCGCUCGGGCGCGCGGGCAAGGCGCUCUCGAGCUCGGCGUACACGCGCGAGGAACGCCGCGCGCACAAGCGGCAGACCAAGGCCAACAAGCGCGGCCGGUGACGGGGCGUCGCUUCAGGUAAUGACGUCAGUCGCACAUCGGUGGCAUCGAUACGCUGAUGAGGUAUGUAAAGUAGGUAUGGGGGCGAAGGGGCCGCUCGGUGCUAAUAGAUGAGCCACGUUGGGCAUUGGCUUAUGGCGAUGUCAGGUUCGUGGGCUUUUGCCCCGAGGUUCGGGUUGCACUCUAGCCGCGAGCACUUCGGAUAUAAGCGCAGUUCCUAGAGGGGGCUGGGCCUUGUAUGUUCGCCGUUCGAAUAUUGACAGCAACCUUGAAGGGGAUGCCGAAGAUGAUGUUGCUCUGAGUUCAGAUUCGCAAGAAUCUGAAUGAAAGCUGUACAGAUGUUACAAAGGAUAUGGCA